UUCAGGCUGUCCUGUCCGCUCGCUUUGUCGCCCUCUCGUGCUUUUGCCUUGCCUUGCCUUGCCAGUCACCUCCGCUUCCUCCGCCUCCUUCUCCUCUUCAUUUCCACUACCUCCCAUCUUGCCCCAUACACGCGAUAUUUUUUUGUGAAAGGUCUUGUUUCUACUGUUCGAUAGUAGUCUGAGACUGUUAUUCUCAUUUUUCUCCUGUUGUCUGGACAUUGUGUGCGAAUUGCCUGGACAGCCGGACUUAGGUAGAGGCUCUCCGACCCAAUUUGAUCGCCCCGGGGCUUGGGUCAUCUCCUUCAUCCGAUCGCACGGCGCCGCCAUUUCGGUUGUUUUCGCCUACCAACUUUCCUAACGAGUGCGUAAGCUAUUCCUUCUGUUGAACUCGCUGCAGCAACAGACUUUUUGUCUUGCUUUUCUCUUCAAUUUUUACCACUUUCUAUGUGGAAGUCGUGGUAGUGGGCUCCCGCCUUAUUCAGCCGCCCGAAAAUCCCCCAAAUUCGCGCGUGCCUUCCGUUCGGCCUCGCUUGCCUCCUCCUUCCUCACACGGGGCCCUCCGGUCCUCUGCCGUUAUUUUCACACGGAGUCCACCCCGAGAAUUUCUUCCUUUCAUCAACCAUUUUUGCUGCCAUUCCAUCAUCCUCAGCAGCAUUCACUUACCAGUACCCUUACAGCCGUCAAUCGUUCCUCAGACUCACAAUUCCAAUAGUCUGCCGCCGCCGACAAUGUCGUCUGGCGUUGUACGCUCUACCGCCCUCAGGGCUGGAGGUGCUUGCGUGCGCUGUCGCAAGGGCAAGACAAAAUGCGUCUAUGAAAAUGGUAGAGCACCAUGCAAGAACUGCGCAAAGGGAAUGCAUGACUGCUAUCUGCCUUCAGAGAGCAUGGCUCAUCACCACGGCCAAAGCCCAGCGCGACACGCCAAUCCUCAUCGGCCACCUCGCGACAGUCUUCCUGCUGCAGGACCUGGCGUUGUUGCUGAAACGCGACAGCCCGUGGUAGGCUCCAGUGCUGCUCGUCAUGUCCAGACAGGUUCUGAUAAGCUCACACCCGAACUGAUCGCCGAGUGUGAACGUGUUGUAUCGAAAACAUUUCCAGCCUGUGUUGCGUUUCACAAGCCCUCUUUUGUACAACAGCUGAAGAGCGCAUCUUUGGAUGCUGCUUUGGUCUAUGGUCUUUUGACUUGUGCCGCCAGGAGUUCUCCGAGUCUGAUCCGCCGAUAUGGAGGUCCUACUCAAGCUGCAGAGACAUUUGCUGCCAAGGCUAUGACCCUCAUCAACCAAAACUUGGACCAUCCUAACCUCGUCGACAUCCAGGCUCUGUGCUUGAUCAUUAUCCACGAAUGGGGCUCGCGGAAUGCCGUUCGUGCCUACAUCUACUUGGGGCAAGCGGCACGCAUGGUUCAGAUGUAUCGCAUCUUGAACAGCCAUCAUGCGUCCCCCGAUGGGGAUAUGUUCUUGCGGGAUGAAUCUCUUCGGCGUACUGUUUGGCUUAUCUACAUCUUGGAUUGCCUUCUGACUAGCACACCGGGACGUUUUGCAGCACUGUCACCCCUCGACACCGCAGAUGUGCCUUUGCCUUGCUCCGACAUCAACUUUGCAUUUGGUAACGCUGUCUUUGUUAAGACCCUGCGACAGCAGCUUGAUCCUACUGCCGUUCCACCUGGCCAACCACCAUCUGAGAUCGGAGAGUUUGGUUACAUAGUCUUAGCAUCGACAAUCUGGCGUGACGUUGUUGGAAUGCUUACCACUACUACUCUCGCGAGUUUCCGCGAGGAGGAAUGUGGCGAUUUAAUCGCCAAGAUCGAGGGUCUCCGAGCUUCUUUGCCCAUGCAGUUCGUGGACAAGCCGGGCCAGAUCAACCUCCAUAUGACGAUGGGCUCUGGCUACACCUUUGCCAUGCUUCACUGCCUUCUACACUGCGCAACGAUCUUUGUCCAUCGAAGGCGCCUGCUGCAGGAAGUUACCUCAGUCAACUUCAACCUGGAGUCAUUCCGCCUCAACGCGCGAUGUCACGAUAUCAUUGAUCGGCUCUUUACUUCCUGUCACGGCACGAUCUCUCUACUCACCGCUGUCGAGGCAGGUUCUGAGAAGGACCACACCCCUUGCUUUCCGAUCUUCAUGCUGUUUUCAGCUUUUACAGCCAGCGCCACUGUUGCCUACCUUUCUCUCAAGGGCCUCACACCGCCCAACGCUGUCGAGACCGCCGCUCACAUUGUCAAGGAUGGCUUACGAUUUAUGAGUGAUGGUACUGAGAACUGGCCUCUGAUGGGCAGCUGGCUUCGACACCUCACCGUCAUGCAAAGGGUGCUUAAUAACGAUGCUGCAGCUGCUAAUGGUGGCUCCUUGCGCCAUGGCUCGACAUCUCACGCUGUAGGUGUUAAGGACGAAAUCUCAUCCAACGCCGAUACCAACCCGGAUGCGAUGGACUAUGACCAGCAGACGAACCAUGCAGGUAGCGUCUCAGGCCAAGGCAACCCUCGAUCUGUCUCAGAGUCUGUUCGCGGCGAUAGUGAGCCUCCUGUAGUUCUGGCAAGACGACCUGGCGUUACAACUAUCAACGGUUCUGGAGGAGCAUCCACACCCACCACAAUUUCACCACCGCCGUCCAAUACAAUCCACGGAACAGUACCCGAUAUCAAACAGCAACCUAGCCCAGAAAUGGCAAAUGGGAUUGUGCCUCCCCAGGAUGGACAGACGACGAGCCAGGAUAUGACUGCACCAGAGCUUUGCCAAGCCUUUGAGCGACAACUCCUUGAUCUGGACGAUCUUGCGGCUUUCAUGGGCGGAGGUGUUUAGAAAGACACGAGGUUAUGAAUAAUUUUCAACGGAGAUAAUGAGGGUCUUUAGCGAUUGGGAUCAUAGCUUGGGCAAAUGCAAGAUGAUAAUGGUGAAGUUGGGGGAUUGGUACAUUAACAAGAGACUUGCCAGGGUUUUUGUAGGACUGCGUUGCGAAGGAAUACCAAAUAUACCCUGGAAGGGCGUUGGGGAGAGUCUUUUUUGGUACCUAGAGGUACCCAGUCGAUAUAUCUAAGAAAUCAGCGUUUUUCCUUUCCUUCGAGACCAACAGUUGCGACCCCUGCUUGCUGCAAAGUGCAUGCGACUAACCCUGAUAUGGGUAGAACAGAUCUGAACGCG